AUGAGUUUAGGUUUCAAAUUAUACAAUACUACUAACGGGAAUAAUGAAGUAAUCAAUAAAAGAAGAAAGUUAAGUAUUGGAAGUGAGGGAAGUGAAUCAACUGGAGAGAAAUUAAAUGAAAGCUUUAAUAGAUUGAAUUUAAGUGGUGGAAAUCCUUCAAGUUCAUUUUAACCAUAUGUUAAGAUAGCUAUUCCUCAAAUUUUACAAACAGAGAGAUCUAUUCCAAAAUAACCAUAAUUAGUUAUGGGGAUUUAAAAAUAUCUCAAAUUAGGAGAAGAAUUAGAUGUUUCAGAUAUUUUAACUAAACCUUUUAAUGAUCUUUAACAAAUACAAAAUAAUCUAAUUUAAUAGAAAUUACAUUUCAUACCUUUUGGAAUGCCAGCCAAUUAUGAAUAAUUAAUGACAGAAGCCUAGUAAGUUCUCAAAACAGAAAUAAGAGUUGAAGAAGAAAGAUAGAAAAGAUAUAUGGAUGACUUUCUCAUCGAAUAGUAAUUAUUAAAUCCUGGAUAAAAAUUAAGUAAAGAAGAAAGAGCUUUAAAAGUUGCUGCAUAUAGAGAAAAGAAACAGAAUAAAUAAUGGAAUUAAGUGAGGUAAUCCUAUUGAUAUAUAUAUAUAGAUAUCCUGUAAGAAAGAAUCUUGCUGAAUAUAGAUAAAGAGAAUAAGGAAGAUUCACAAAAACAGAAAAACCACGUUUUAAUUAAAGUUUGAUAAUGUUGGAUAAAGAAGAAAGAAAAAUGGAAACAUUAACUAAUUCAUAUUCUUGA